AUGGACACGUUAAAUAAGCUGAAACAGUUUGACGCUUAUCCCAAAACUCUGGAGGAUUUCCGAGUGAAGACGUGGGGAGGAGCGACCGUGACCAUCAUCAGCGGCGUCAUCAUGUUGAUCCUGUUCGUCUCUGAGCUGCAGUAUUAUCUCACUAAAGAGGUUCACCCUGAGCUGUACGUCGACACGUCGCGAGGAGACAAACUGAAAAUCAACGUGGACGUCAUUUUCCCUCACAUGCCCUGCGCCUAUCUCAGUAUAGAUGCGAUGGACGUGGCCGGCGAGCAGCAGCUGGACGUUGAACACAAUCUGUUCAAACUGCGGCUGGACAAAGACCUGAAAUCUGUCACCACCGAGGCGGAUAAACACGACCUCGGUGUGGCUGACAAUGGGGAAGUGUUUGACCCCAGUUCACUGGAUCCAAACAGAUGUGAGAGCUGCUACGGAGCGGAGACUGAAGACCUCAAAUGCUGCAACACCUGCGACGACGUGCGGGAGGCGUACCGGCGGCGAGGGUGGGCCUUCAAGAACGCCGACACCAUCGAGCAGUGUAAGCGAGAGGGCUUCACGCAGAAGAUGCAGGAGCAGAAGAAUGAAGGCUGCCAGGUGUACGGCUUCCUGGAGGUCAACAAGGUUGCAGGAAACUUCCACUUUGCUCCAGGAAAAAGUUUCCAGCAGUCUCAUGUGCACGUGCACGCUGUGGAAAUUCACGACCUGCAGAGUUUCGGCCUCGACAACAUUAAUAUGACUCACCUGAUCAAACACCUGUCGUUUGGUAAAGAUUACCCCGGCAUCGUGAACCCUCUGGACGAGACCGACGUCACGGCGCCGCAAGCAUCAAUGAUGUACCAGUAUUUUGUGAAAAUUGUUCCGACCAUCUACGUGAAAACUGAUGGAGAGGUGGUAAAAACAAACCAGUUCUCCGUCACCAGGCACGAGAAAGUGGCCAACGGGCUAAUAGGAGACCAGGGGCUGCCGGGCGUGUUUGUUUUAUACGAGCUGUCACCCAUGAUGGUGAAAUUCACAGAGAAGCACAGAUCGUUCACACACUUCCUAACAGGAGUGUGUGCCAUUAUCGGAGGAGUGUUUACAGUGGCCGGUCUGAUCGACUCGCUCAUCUAUCACUCGGCUCGGGUCAUCCAGAAGAAGAUAGAGCUGGGCAAGGCUUCCUAACAGUGCCCCACCCCCACCCCCACCCCCACCCCCCCGCUGGCCUCCACGGUGCGAAGCAGACCAGGACACGGAGACGAGAAGAAGACAGACGGAGAAGCGGUCUCUCUUGUGUCCUGGAGGAGCACCGGAGAGGAACUCUCCACUGUUAAAUUAAACAUUACAUCAGACGGGAGACUUUUUGUGAUUGCACUCGAGCCGGGGGGGAAGACGCCUCAUCUGCCUCCACAAGCUUCUUCGUGGAGAAACGGAACUUCCUCCUUUUUACGUCCUGCUUCAGCGCCGCUCGACGCUCGGAGCGCCAACACUGAAUGUUCGCCGGAGGAUCUGUGGCCGAGCCUCUGUUCCAGAGCGGCGACGCACGGAGACCUUUUAAAGGAAUACGUCACCCAAAAUGUUUUAUUAUCAGUGCAUCACCCCCUGCAGAGAGGCUGACGGGACACAGAUGAGGUUUGAUCUCAAGGUGACACAUUUAUUGAGACUUUUCUUAUUGUCGACACAUCUAGAAUCCAGACCUCCGCCAAGACCAAUGGUGCGUUCAAGGUCUCCUCGGAUUGUCCCGUUUCCCAAGUUGGGAACUAGUUCUUCCGACUUCGGUGUGUUCAUGAGCUUUAGGUCGUACCGUUGGAUCAACAUGGGGGGGGGGGACAUUUAUUCUGACACCACAUGUAUGCAGCACAAAAUGUUAUAUCUGUAAAUGUUGAGGAAAGGGAACAGUUUGAGUAACCACCCCGUUCUUCACACGUCCAUCAGGAUCCAUGAAGAUGUUCCGUAACCCCGCCGACCAACAGAAAACACAACGUACACGGCGGAGAAAUGAUCCCCUAACAAGUGAUGUGUGUGUGUGUGUGUGUGAAACACUUCCUACACACACACACACACACACACACCCCCCCCCCCCCCCCCCCCCGUUUGGUCUUUCUAAUGGGAUUUGUUGACAAUAAGAAACAUUCUGAAUAUCACCUUCCUUUCCUUUGUGUCUGUGUUUAAGUAUUUAAUUACAGUAAUUCAAAGAGCUGCACAAUGAAUUUAAAUUUUAUCGACAUCUUAAUACGGACUCGUGCAAUAUCCAAAUCAAAAUGUCUUAAAGUACAUUUCGAGUUCUGCGGCGCUGCAGAGACGCAGACUUCAGAACAUGUUUUAGGUUGUUCCAGAUCAGCAAAAUGAUCAAUCCCUCAAAUAUCGUGAAUCAUAUCACAAAUGCAAUAUCAUGGGUUCCUCCGGUGCUCCCCGUGCCUCCGGUUCUCCCGGUGGUCCCGGUCUCGGGUUGAGAGCAGCUGAAACAUUUUCGGUGACGUGUUCCCUUCAAGACUUUCUGUACAAAAUACUUCAAAACAAGCUGCCUUUCCUUUGAAACGGCUGAACAACGGCAGGUUUCUGUCCUCAUGCUUGAAUUAAAACCACUAUGUGUAGGAUUCUGUGAGUGUGUGUGUCCCUGUGUCGGAGCUCAGUGUGUGUGUGUGUGUGUGUCAGUCUGUGCAUUCAUGAUACAAACUUUAGACUCGCUGCACAACAUGGAUUUCCUGCUUCUCACGACUCAUAAAAUGACCAAUAAUUUCAAGUGUUUGUGUAAGAAGUUAAUAACGUGAAGCGGAGACGAGCUGUCGGAUUGCAAACCGACUUGAAAGCAGCAUCGGGCCGCCCGCUGUGCCGCAGUGCAGAUGCUCUGUCUUCUGUAUGACUGCACGUAGUUUAACUCGUAUAUAUUGUGCGUUCUAAUGCAUGAAAACGUCCCGCUGACAACAUUUCAGUCAACGCAGAAGUCGUGUACUUGACAUUGACAUGCUGCAGAAUCUUAAUUAAUACAUUUUGUCUUCUCGCUUUAACUUCUCCGGGUUUUAAGUGAUCCGAAGACGAGUCUGCAUCCAGCUGCAGCUUUCAGACAUUUAAUGGACAUUUAAAGUUGCUUUUUCUCCCCAAAAUGAAAUGCAGUAAAGGGGACGUAUCAAGAGCAACGUUCUCAGAGCUCGUGCACAUGCAGUAAGGUAUCUGGAGAGCCGACCAACCCACGUACUGUGAAAUAAGACUUCCUGGUCACGAGCCAAUCAGAGCAGACUGGGCAUUUUCUUCUUUUUUAAAGAGACAGGCGCUAAAACGGAGCGUUUCAGAAAGAUGGUGAACAUUCAGACAGUAUGAGAAGAAUAAUGUGCUUGGUUUAUUUACAUAAAAGCUUCUAAACAUGUUCUUGUCGAAACCCCAAAAUACAAUUAUGAACCUGAACAUCAGCGUCACAUGUCCCCUUUAAAUUCAACAUGAAAUGCAAAUUCAUCGCUCCGUUUAGGGGAAGUCCACCCACAGUUCUCAACAUGGUCGUUCAUUUUGGAUUUGAAUAAUUGGUAACUCUUUUUGUCUGUAUUCAGUGAAUGUAAAUAUUGUACAGACACCGCUGCCUCAGACAAGAAACCAGUGUUUCGCUGACUCGGUGAGAAAAACACAAAGUUUAGUCGAUGAGAUUGUUUAAUUCGGGAAAAGGGCUUCUUUAUUCUGCUUGCUUCUCUCUUUCAUUCCUGGUGGAACACUUGGUGCUGCGUAUCGAUGCUUCUGUUUCUCUUCUGUGUCUGGUCGGGGGGAGGGAAGUUAAAGGGUUAUUCCACAAAGUUUUAAAGUGUUAAUGACAGGGAGGCAGCAGGAAGCUCCACGCCACGAGACGUCACCGUGUAAAUGUUUCCUUUAUUCUCACUUCAUCCUCACGUGUCGAGUCCCACAUGAGACCCAGAUGUUGAUCUUCGCCGCUGUGUUUAUUCAGACAGAAACUGAAACAGUUAUUAUUGGCAUCGAGUCAUUAAUCUAAAAAUAAAGCGGAACAAAUACUUCCCGUUACUUUUUAAUCUAAUGUACAUUUAUUCCAAAAGCUUCUGAAAUGUGGAUCCUGAUGAUCCUGUGGCUGGUUGUUGUACCUUUUAACAUCGAAAUAAUCAGUGGCAGGGUAUGUGUGUGUGUGUGUGUGUGUGUGUGUGUGUGUGUGUGGGUGUGGGUGUGUGUGAGAGAAAUCUAUUUAUAUUUCGAUUGUCCUCAACAGUUUUUAAAAUGAGAAAAUAAAUGUUGAAUACACCAGC